AUGAAGUUAUUGAUGAUUGAGGCUGCAUGCCCUGGUGUUGUUUCUUGUGCUGACAUUCUUGCUCUCGCAGCUCGCGAUGCAGUUGUACUGGCUGGUGGACCAGGAUGGGCUGUGCCUACCGGACGGAGAGAUGGGCGGGUUUCAUUAGCAUCCGAUGCUUCGAAUCUUCCAGGCUUUACUGAUUCCGUUGACGUUCAAAAACAGAAGUUUGCAGCAAAAGGUCUCAAUACUCAAGAUCUUGUCACCCUUGUCGGGGGACACACCAUUGGCACCUCAGCUUGCCAGUUCUUCAGUUACAGAUUAUACAACUUCAAUUCAACUACUGGUGCUGACCCUUCCAUCGACUCCGCAUUUCUUCCUCAACUUCGGUCCCUUUGUCCAGAAAACGGCGACACUUCUACGAGGGUAGGGCUCGAUAACGGAAGUGAAAACCGGUUCGAUAACUCGUUUUUCGCCAACCUGAGGAAUGGCCGCGGAAUUCUUGAAUCAGACCAGAAGUUAUGGACUGAUGAUUCCACAAAAACAUUUGUGCAACGUUUCUUGGGAGUAAGAGGACUACUUGGAUUGACAUUCAGUGCUGAAUUUGGGAGGUCCAUGGUAAAAAUGAGUAAUGUUGAGGUUAAGACAGGAACUGAUGGUGAAAUUCGAAAAGUUUGUUCUGCCAUUAAUUGA